UUUAUCUAAAGAGCCUACCGCUAAGUCAACAGGCAUUAGUUCAAGUUCAACUGGAAAAGCUGUUAAUUCGGUUGAACCCAUGAAGGUGGAUCGACUUAAAUACAAACAACGGCGAACUAGAAGUGGAAGGAAAGUUGCUGAUUAUCAUGAACCGACCUCUUCAUCAGAAGAAGAUGAAUACUUUUUAAAUAAUAACAAAGAUGUUAAUGACCAGAGUUUACAAGAACAAAAUCUUGGGUUUCCUAUAUUUACAAAAGAAUUUCUAGCUUACGAUAACGAACGCCGUCGCCGGCAACAAAAACUUGAACAUGAAAACAAAUCCACAGAUAUAUUAAUUGAAUCUCUUCGUAUAAAAGUGCAUGCCCUUAGAUCAGAUGAUGAUAGGAUUCUUCGAGAGAACCAAGAACUUGAAGCAUCAAAUGCUCAAAAACUUGAAUCCUUUGAAAAGGUUAGGAUGUCAUUGAUUCAAUUAGAAAGAGAGAUCGGCCCGACCGUACGAUCUUCUGGCGUGAAACUAGACGAUGCUGAAAAUAUGAUUGCUUAUAUCAACGAUUUUCGAAAAAGAGUUGUCGGUGGAUGUCUCUUACAACCUUAG